UAUACUUUAUAGCAAUUAUGAAACAAUCCUCUUUUGAUGCGUUACCUAAUAUUUAACAAUAUACAACAUAUUACAAUAUAUAAAGCCACAUUUACUCUACAUUUGUAAUACCUUCGGUAAUAUAGCUAUAAAUAUAUUGGAAUAGUAGAACUGUUCUUAGAUCGAGGGAAGUAAGAUCUAUUUUAAAGGGUAACGUCCUGUGUCUGACCCCAUGUAGAAGCCGGAAAUUUCUCGAAGUGUGUUCAUAACAAAUUUUGAAAGCCGGUAAUGAACUGUAAACAUUUCCGUACUCUUCUUCAAUAAGUGUGCUGUCAAAGCAUUAGUCUUGUGAAUCUUACGAAUUCUUUUUUUGUGAUCUCCUCUUGUGAUUACGACCUUAGCCUCAUUUUCAAUACUUUUUUACUGAGAUUCUAAUCACGUGUGAUUUAAUUUACGAUGUCAAACUUACGAUCACUGUUUGUAUCAGUAUUGGCUGCUGUAGGAACCGUAGCUGUAAUAGGAUUAGCAGUGAAAUUUUACAACAGUUGGAGAAGUGAUAAGAAAAAGAAAUCUCCAAUUUUACUUGUUGAUCCACUUGUUAAAUAUAGUUUACCAUUAAUACAAAAAGAUAUAUUAAGUCAUGAUACAAGAAAAUUCAGAUUUGCAUUGCCAACUUCCGAUCAUAUAUUAGGAUUACCAAUAGGUCAACAUGUUCAUUUAACAGUGAAGAUUGGGGAUGAAGUCGUUAUACGCUCUUAUACACCUGUAUCAAGUGAUGAUGAUCAUGGUUAUGUAGAUCUUGUUAUUAAGGUAUAUUUUAAAAAUGUACAUCCAAAAUUCCCCGAAGGAGGAAAACUGUCUCAAUACUUAGAAAACUUAAAAAUUGGGGAGACAGUUGAUUUUAGAGGACCUUCUGGUCGGCUUGUUUAUAAAGGCCAUGGAAAAUUUUCUAUAAAAAUUUUGAGAAAAGAUCCACCUGUGGAAUAUAAUGUUAAAAAGAUUGCAAUGUUAGCUGGUGGAACAGGAAUCACACCAAUGCUACAAUUAAUUCGUGCUAUAAUAAAGGAUUCUACAGAUGAAACUCAAGUUUCGCUACUUUUUGCCAAUCAAACGGAAAAAGAUAUAUUACUUCGAGAUGAAUUAGAUGAUAUUGCAAAGAAUCAUACUUACAAAUUAAAACUCUGGUAUACAGUAGAUACUAGUAGUGAAAAUUGGCCAUACAGUACUGGAUUUAUAAAUGUGGAUAUGAUCAAGAAUUAUGUAUUCCCUCCAUCACCUGAUACAAUAGUACUUAUGUGUGGUCCACCUCCAAUGAUUAAUUUUGCUUGUAAUCCUAACCUUGAUAAACUCGGUUAUGAUCCAAAAUUACGAUUUGCAUACUGAAGCAACAUAUUAUUUUUGUCGCAUUUAGAUGUAGAAUACAUUUGGUUUGUUAGUACAUACUUUGGCUAAAAAAUUGGCUUAUAAUUUUAAGUUUACUUAAGUUCAUAAAUUUAAAUUCGUGUUCAUAAACAUGUCUCGUCUUUUAGCAUAUACCGUAUAUUGGUCAAUGUAAAUGAAUAUAAUAUCAGUUCAAGAUUUAAAAAUACGAGAUAGGUUGAUUUGAUGUAUAUAAUAGUAUUCGUUACAAUUGUACGGAUUCAUUAUAUUUUCAACUACAUUUUUGUUCAGACAAUUGCAUUUUUGUUAUAAAUGACAUUUAUAAUAAUUUUUUAUUCAAAUUUAUAAUUUUGUAUAGAUGUUGCCAAUAUAAACCUUUAGUAAGGAAAACAUACAAUUUUAGGGUAUUAAGCAUUUAUUGAUGUUAAACCUAUUAUUGUAUUGUUAUAAAAAAUGAUGAUCGCAAAAUGUCCGAUUUGUUUUAUAAACCCUUCUCUUACUUCUGUUUAGAACAGUGAUGUAAAAUUUAUAACGUAAAAUAAUAUUACAUACCAUAGCAUUAAAGAAGUAUGUUGGUAUAAAUUAGUGUCAAUGUUUAUUAACAAAAGGGAUGAAGCUGAAUUGUUUAUUAUUUAAUUAUAAUUCGUGUUACGAAAAAAAGCAGUGCAGAUAAAGCAGUGAACGAGCAUCUGUAUAAUUAACAACGUCCGCGAUCCUUGACGCGCUUUCUGGGUGCAGCCCGUAGGAUAUCAUCUACGCGUAAAAUCAUUUCGGCUGCUUCUGCUGCACUAACUAAAACUUGCCUCUUCACAGCCCAAGAUUCAGUUAUUCCUAAUCGUUUCAUACAGCCUACUUUCCCUUGCUCCAUAUCUAUUAAUGGAAGAUAAAUCAAAAUAAUUAAUAAUCUAUUAUUGCUAUUCAUAACAAUAACAGCUGUAAAUUAUAUUUAUUAUUUUAAAAUAAACAUACCGAGGCCCAUGGUAUUUGCGCCAGAAUUAUGUGCAGCUCUCAAUUCGCUAACUAGUUGAGCUGAAUCGUAACCAGCAUUGUCGGCAAUAACAGUGGGUAAUUGUUGCAA